AUGAAGCAAGAUGAAGAAGGCGCGGUUGCAGAGCGUGAUAGUAAGGGAGGAGCAGCAUCUCAUCGAUGCAAAGGGCUGAUAGUCAUUCUACUACUUCUCGCUCUUGGUUCCGGGCUAUACAUGGUAUUAAGAAGCAAAGCUCCAGACAUCAACAAGGAUGCCCGCAAUGAUCCUUCUGGGAGAACAGAUUUCCCAUCAGGUGCACCAAGAAUGGAAUCAAAAACAAACAUGCCAAGCUUGAAUCCCACUACACCGCCAAUGUUUGGCCCGCCUUCUAUAGAAGACUGCAUUCCAAUCGCAAGGGGUAAGGCGAUUGAUGGACAGGACGAAAUGCUACUACAAUAUACCGGUAGUGGAACGAUACAAAGUGGUGCUGUGAGGGGGAAAUUCAAUGGGGGACCAAAAGAAAGAUUCGGGGGGUCGUGCGUCAGACUUCCCGAAAACGUUUCCCCCGAAAUCGCUAUCCGCAAACCAUCACGGUAUUGUACAAACCAGAGAGCACCAUAG